AUGGCUUUCAGAGGGCCGAAUGCAACAUCAGGGAUGGGCGUCGCAGACCACAGCAAGACCACAUUCCUCGAGCUGCAGAGGAAGAAGGUUCAUCGCUACGUGAUCUUCAAGAUCGACGAGAAGAAGAAGCAGGUGGUGGUUGAGAAGACCGGAGGCCCAGCUGAGAGCUAUGAUGAUUUCAGUGCUUCCUUGCCUGAGAAUGACUGCCGAUAUGCGGUCUAUGACUAUGAUUUCGUGACCGAUGAGAAUUGCCAGAAGAGCAAGAUCUUCUUCUUUGCUUGGUCCCCUUCCGUUUCUCGCAUCCGUGCCAAGAUGCUAUACGCAACAUCGAAAGACAGCUUCAGAAGGGAGCUUGAAGGCAUCCAUUAUGAAAUCCAGGCCACCGACCCGACUGAGAUAGAUCUGGAGGUGCUAAAAGAGCGUGCAAACUGA